AUGUGCAGAGAUAAAGAUGGAGAUGUUUUGAGGCCGUUAUCACGACAGGAGUUGUAUGGAUUGCGGGAUCUCUAUCGUAAACAUUAUGCGGUUGAGCUUCACUUUUUCUUCUUAAUGGAAAAUGCUCUCCGAUGGCAAGAACAGCUAACGGAGCUGAGUGAAUUGGAGAAAUUGGAACUCAGUGUGCGAGCUUUUAUUGAAUUUUUUACACCAAGAGAAGGCAACCCAUUGGAAACGGGCACAUUCAUUGCUGUUACGAAGAAUGAAGACCCCAACGUGUACUUUCACUCUUUGACGGAGGAGCCCGCCAACUUGGAGAAGUAUCUGUAUGAAACGAAGCGUGUCGAUUGGUCUGCUAGCCCAGUAUUUUCGUGUAUUAGUGAUCAAAAUGAGGGUAUUCUAGCAAAUUUGUUCGAGAAAGUAAAUUGCAAGUAUGACCUCGUGUCGGAUUGCGCAUACUACAGGAUAACAAAGCAAGAUGCUGCGCAGUGUGACUUCCAUGUUCCGGAUGAUUUGGUGAUGAGGCCUAUUGAGCCCAAGUAUGUCUCAUUGAUGAACGAACGAUGGUACUUUCGGUACCCGAAUUCAGACAAAUAUAUUGCGUUGUUAGUCAAAUUCAACGGUGGAUACGGACUGUUCUGCAAAGCAAGCAACGAGAUUGUCGGAUGGGUUCUGAAAAAUGAAUUCGCUGGAAUCGGACAUUUGCAAAUACUGCCGGAGUACCGAAAGCGGGGACUAGGUGAGCUUCUAGCUAAGGCCAUUUCAAAGCGAAUUGCUCUGGAAGAUGAUGGUGAUGUGAAUGCUUUUAUAAAGGAUACCAAUACAGUCUCAAUGCAAUUGUUACAAAAGAUUGGCUAUCAAAGAGUUGCAGGUUCUAACUGGGUUAAAGCUGAGUAUGCAAAUUGA